AUGAAUCCGCACCAGCAGAAUAAAGUCGACAUCAAUUCCCUGAGCCCGGACGAACAGCGCUUGUUACGCCUUUACGGCAAAGUGCCCACAAGAAAGGAUCUUCUCCAAAAUAAGCUCAAGGAACGUAAAUACUUCGAUUCCGGAGAUUAUGCUCUCAGCAAGGCUGGCAAGGCCUCCGACGUUGGUGUGACCAACAUUGGUUCCCAGCAUCCAAACCCUGAAAAUAUCCCUCACCUCACUGCUACCUCUUCUGGUACCAAUAAUCCAGCCGCAGGUAAUGGAAGUAGCGUUGGCUCUCAGGGACAGCCUAUCCCAGGCAGUAUUAGUGGCCAUCCUGGCUCUGUUGGAUUCAGCCGCAGCCCCGUCAAGGAAGCCAGUUAUCUGAAUAGGAGAUCCAGCGUAGAUGAUCAGAGAGACGCUGACAGUGAAACCAAGGAUUCCAAAGAAAGAAGUGCGAGUCCACUGUCUGCUAAGAGUGGCAUUCCUAUUCGCCGAUGA